AAAAAAAAUCAGAUUGAAAAAUUGAAGAUUAUUCUACGAAGACAUAGUCAGAGUAGCUCACAUAGCGAGUCCACACGUAUAAUAGCAUAAACAACGCUAUGUCAAGCCGUAUUUAUGUGCUCGGAGCAGGAUCCAUGGGAUCUUUGCUUGCACAUGAGUUGAGACAAUCGGCACCAGAGAUUGCAAAUCCAACAUUAUUAUUCAAAGGAGAACAACGACUAAGAGAUUUCAUAGCACACGAGUCGAAAAUUACAGUUAUAAGGCAGAAAGGAGAAAACAUAUUUAAGUCAGAAAGUCAAUUAGCUGCUGGCUGGCAACCUCCAAUGUCCAGGGAAGGCAUUCCUUCUCACAUUGAUAACUUGAUAGUUGCAACUAAAACGUAUCUGACGGAAGCAGCAUUACGACCAUACAUUGGUAAUUUGAGUUCUAACUCUAAUGUUCUUUUCCUUCAGAAUGGUAUGGGCGUUGCUGAUGAUUUGAGAAGAAAAUUCUGGCCGUCAAGUAUCAAUAGGCCCAACUUUUUCCAGAUAAUCAGUACUCAUGGUGCCUAUAAAGCACUGCCUAAUGUUGUCCAUCAUGUUGGUUUGGGAAAGCUUUCUAUAGGAUACAUUCCAAAGCACAGACACUCACUCCAAAGUGAUGAGCUUAAAUUAGAUGGAAAUUUGAAAAACUCCCCCAAAAUCAUUGAAUUACUUACAGAAUCAAAGAAUUUGAAUGCAUCAUACAUUAAGCACAACCCCCUUUUAUUGGUCCAAAUGGAAAAGUUGGUGGUUAAUGCAUGUAUCAAUCCUCUUUCAGCAGUUCUAGAUUGUUUGAAUGGUGACUUGUUAUAUGGUAACAAAACUUUCGAAUUGAUGAAAAAAGUGGUUCAAGAGGCUGUUGAUUGUUUCAAAGCCGAGUAUUCAUUUAUAAAAUUCGACCCACAGAGCAGUAGCUUUUUAGACGUGGGGAGGCUUUUAAACACUGUCCUUGAUGUUUGUAAACUUACUGCCUCUAACAGUUCAUCAAUGAGGGAAGAUGUGAGACACUUAAAUAGAACUGAAAUUGAUUGGAUCAAUGGAUACAUUGUUAAACUAGGUACCAGACAUCGUAUUCCAACUCCGGUCAAUCGUUUAUUGAUUUCGAUGGUGAACAAUAAAUUGAGUAUAGAGCAGUCGAUCGAACUAAGUUCUACACAGAUCGAUAAAACAAAAUGAUUUGUCUUCUUGUAUUAUUGUCUAUUUAGGUUAGGU